GAAUGAAUAUGCGAAACGUAUCCGUCAAUAAAAUUUUAAUUUCCUAUCCUGUACACGAAUACCCAGCAAACAUUUAUUCACCAUGUUAACGAUGAUUAUUCAUUAUUUAACCGUAAAUUCCAAUUGACGGAGUAAUGUCAAUUUUUCCAAUAAUUGUUAUGAUUGUCGAAACAGCUGAUUGCGGUGCACGUUGAUGUACGUCUGCCUUUUGUGGUGUAUUAGUUGCAAUUUAUGUAGUUCGGUCUCCCCUGGUAGUCGGGGCGUGCGCACAAAUACCACAAUGUUACCUAUAAAACAUUUAUUUCAGCGGAGAGCAGGGAUCAUUGCACAUAUUUCCAUCCAGCAAUACCGUAUGACAAUGAAAAUGUCAGUGCAGUAGACACCUGAAAGUCGCUGUAAAGAAUAUUUAAUCGGCAAAAGGUGCGAGUAAAGGGCGUAAAUACUCGACAGAUAUAUAGGUCACGGAGAGGACACUAGAGAGGCGUGUGAACUGCUCUGAAAAAAAAUAAAUAAAUAACCACCACUACCUAGUCCACAUGUACAUACAUCAUCUGAAGUACAAAAACUAUUGAGUGCAAUUGGACUGACCGAGAACGCAAGGAACGUCUGUGGAGAGGUUUUGAGUGCGCGCGCGUCAGUUCUUUUUGCCUUUUCUAUUUUUCCCCCCUUUACUCACUCAUUUUCCAUCCUCCUUACUCUGUUAUGCAUCGGAGAUUGUCGCUGUUACUCUGGUGCGUUAUAGCCUUUGUGAACAUCAUUGCGUAUCGUGAACGGCUGAGUGUCGAGGAGUAGCAAAGUUAUAAAAUUGUUCGGUGACUGUAUACAAUGGUGGCACAGAAAAUCACGAGAAUUUUGUCACACUAGAGUGAAUAGUUGGUUUUUUCAUUCACCCUCUGGUCUUCGAUCUUUCACGUGAAACGUUGUAAUUUGAAAAAUUUUAUGCAUAUACCGUGAUAAUGCGCAGUAAAUACUGGACGAGUGGUUGUUUCGUGUGUCGUCGUGCGUGGACGAUCGAUACGCCAUCCCAGCAUGGCGUGCAAUGUAAAUCGGCCUGACGAAGUGAUGACCAGUGAUGAGGAUGCCGCAAAUACGGGUGUGAAAGUGUAUGUCAUAUCUGUCAAGCAAUACGGUAAAGCUGAGUGGAUUAUUUUAUCAUCGAGGUGGUGGAGUGCUGAAUAUGGAAAACGAUAGAAAAAAAAAAUACCCAGGAUAAAUCAAGUUGAGCAUAACUGAAGUAAACUUUUUUUGCUUUGUGAUUGAGGGAACAAAAUUGGAAAAGGAGAAAAAAAAAUGGAAAGAGCAUACACGACAAAGAAUGCAAAAGUAACAUUGAGGUUUAUGAGGGCAGACGAUGUGCAGUGAUUUUAGUGGAUGAGCAAGAGAAAAAAAAAUGUUCGUGAUAUGACUGUGGUAAAUUAUUCGUGUCUGUGACGGAGAUCGAGCAUUUGCGGGGGGGGAGGGAUGGACCAUUGCGGAACGAGGAACGAAUGGACGGAGACGGGCAUGUGUCGUUUAGCUGCUGUGGUCGCCACUUGGACUCGGUAGAGGCCCGUGCCCGAGGCCCCAGCAGCGCGCCCAGGCCACCGACCCAUACCCGUGACCGCGAGACAAGCCUUUACGAGCUUGUGUAUGUGUGCGAAUGUGUGAAGUAUUUUUCGUAUGUAUUGUGUAGUUCAAAAGCCUGUAUAUAACCCGUAGGGACAAGGUUAUACAGGCGAAAGACGGGCACCAUAACUGUCUACUCUAGUGUUUCAGCACUGAGACCUUGGAGAUUUCAUAUAUUUUGUGAUGGGGAGUCGAUAUCAGUGUUAUAUAUUCUUCAACAUCUUAUUUCAUUUCUAGAAGUCGUUAAUUACUUCAUAUUUUAUGUCGACAUUAUUUUGUUUUUUUUUUUUAAAUAAUAUUAUUAUUAUUAUCAUUCUAACGCAAAAGUAUUUCGUCAAUUAUUCAAAGUGUUGAGUGAACGGCAGAGAGCGUCCGAAAUAGCAAGUGAAACCAAAUUUUUUUUUCAUCUCUUGGUGUUUUCUUUCAAUUCAUAAUAAGGAUAGGAUGCUAAAUAUCCUAUAGUUUCUGUGUUUUCAAUGUCUUCCUAGGGAUAACUGGAGAGGUAUCAGUGAAAACUAUAUAGGAAGCAUAAUAAGAGUUAUGAUAUGAUACAGUGAUAAACAGAGAGGUCAGAAACUACUGAGAUGGACCGAGUUAAUCUCGGUGUUGGUGAUUCACAUGUGAGUGAUGAUGAGGAUGAUGGUAUACGCCAUAACGAUGGAUUUACCGUAUGCUCUUUGUUCGUUCAUAGCAGUGCAAUACGAUGAUUCUUCUCUCUGGUGUAGAAACUGAGUGAGGAAAACAAGGGUGGGGGGGAGGGGGGAGGGAUUAAAAGUAUGAAAGUGGAAAAAAUUUUUUUCAUAAAUUCAUAACCAUCGUUUGAUCCUAAAUGUUGAUGUGUUUAUGGAUUGAGAUCGACGAUGUUUAUAUUUUUUUUUUAUCAUUUGGUGAAGGAUUGAAUAGUAAAAAUGGAGACACUAUUGUCGGCUAAAACAACCAGUCCAUCAUACAGUCCACAAUUAAAGACAGUCUUGAAGACAUAUCAAUUAUCGGCAGUGAAAAGCCUGCAAGGACCAAGCUCAGCCCUUUUGGGUAUGGACUGUAGAGGUAUAUUGCAGGAACAAACGUCCUUUCACUUCCCAACCCUCAAUCGUACUCAAAACUGCGUAGUUGAUUCAGAUCCAGAUGAGAUAAAUGGAAAAGAAUAUAAAAAAAAUGAAGAUGCAUCCGUAGCAUCGAUGCCGGUAGCAACGAUACCAGUGCCAGUCCUACCAAGAAGGGAUCAUAUAGCAGAACGAUCACAAGAUGAUUCAGACGACGAUCCCCAGCCAGAGCGUAUUAAAAUAAUUGGUGAAAAGCGUGAAUUGGAAUUUCAAAUACCCAUUCUAACAGCACCAGAUCAGAGUUGCUCGGAGAGAUGUGAAACAACACUUGAGAAUGAGAGAAUUUCAUGUUUUGUUGUUGGUGGUGAGCGUAGACUAUGUUUGCCCCAGAUAUUAAAUACAGUACUCCAAGAUUUUUCAUUACAACAGAUUAAUCAAGUUUGCGAUGAAUUACAAAUAUACUGUUCAAGAUGCACCCAUGACCAAUUGGACGAGUUAAAAUUAUCUGGAAUAUUGCCAAGAAGUGCACCGUCUUGUGGUUUAAUCACACAAACGGAUGCUGAACGUCUUGUAAGCGCACUUUUACUGCGCAUUGAACCACGUGAAUUACCACAAAUGAUAAGUGAAGAUAAUGAUAGAUGUGAUGUAAAGGAACAUUGUGAUAAAGAUGGCACUGAUACUAUUGGUAAAUUCAAAGUUUAUCAUGAGUGUUUUGGUAAAUGCAAGGGAAUCUUCCAUGCUGAACGCUUUGAUGCUGAGGAUUCAGCUUGCAUCGAGUGUCUCGAGUGUGGCUGCCAGUUUUCACCACAACGUUUUGUACGUCAUGCACACCGGCCACUUGAAAAUCGUACCUGUCACUGGGGCUUUGAUUCGACCAAUUGGCGAUGUUAUUUGUUAUUGUCACGCGAUCAGCCUCAUUACAACAAGCUCGUUACAUUCUUUCGUAAUUUGAAAGAAAAAUAUCCUCUACCCAAUCUCAAGAGGAAACUCUCUGAGUUUCGAAAUGAUAGUGAAAAGCUACCCAAACGACUGAAGAAGGAAAUGGGUCGCAAUGAAUUUGCUGGUGUCUACGCUGGUAGCAAUGGGUUGGGCAUGUACUCGAUAUCACCGGCUAAUGGUGGGGGAGAUCCUUAUCUCCAAAUGCAGUGGGCAGUCUUUGAAUUAGCAGCACGCGGAGCAUCUGCCUUCAGGCCUUGGAAUACAGCAAAUUCUUGUAAACAUCGAGACAGUUCACCACUGGUGCCUGCUUACCUGAGCCGUGGUCCACCAGUGUUGCAACAUCCAGAGCGUGUUGUACCGCUCUCCGAAUGCGAACGUUUUGAGCCGCAUUAUCAGCCAAACGUUGCCUUGGCGCCCAUAGCACCACCACCGAUAACGUCUAUUCCAACGACCCAGUCGGAAGAGCCAUCAGCAGCACCAGGAGCUCACAGGCUCCUCUACAAUGAGAGCCAUAGCCACCCCGACCAUUCUCCGAGUUCGUGUGGUAAAAUAGAGCCCUUAAUUGCCAAUGUUAAAGUUGAAAAACCAUCAUCGCCCGGACCCGAGGCUGCUAAUGAUUAUUCACGGCAUUUUUGCACGCAAUCGAAAAAACAUGAGGAAUGUAGAAAUGAGAGGCUAAAAAUUAAGAGAAAAAUACUACACCGAAAUAACUGUGAAGACGAGGAGAGCAGUGCUGCUGUUACAUCGUCUACCAUUACAAUGGAUACACCAUCCGCUGGUAUCAGUACAUCAUCAUCAGGAAGUGAUACAGAGGAAGACUUUGCCACUAUUGCUGAACUUGAGGAAAGACUUACGAGACUUGAUGUGCCGCAAGAUGUUUUUACUCUUCUCAGACAAGUGGCAUCGGAACUUGAUCAUUUCAGAGUUCGACAUCAACAAGACGCACAGGAAAUUGUCAAGUUACGUGGGGAGUUGCAAAAACAAACGAUUAUGCAUCCUCAUGAUUCUAUUAACGGUGGUGAGAAGAGUGAAAAUAGAGUAGACCCAAGUGCUGCUGAUAGCACAGAAAAUAAUGACCCUGUAGACGAGAGACUACCACUCCUGGACAACAAUGAAGAGCUCGAACGGGCUGCCACCCCAUCUACUGCAAUUAGUAAUGAUUAGAAAUUAUUACCAAUUAAAAUAAGAUUAUUGACAUUAAGCAGGGCAACAAUAAUAGCGAAUGAAUAAAUAAUAUUAAUAAUAAAAAGUAAUAUUAAUAAUAAUAAUAAUUAUAUUAAUAAUAAUAACAAUAAUACUAAUAAUAAAGAACUGCUCAGCAAUUGUGGCGCCUUAUCGCCUAGCGAUACUGUCGUACACUUCAAUUUAGCACUAAAUUAUGAAUGUUACAAAUUCUAAAGUUAAUGAUGAUGAAAGAAACUGUCUUGGUUAUGUGAUAUAUGAAAAGCCUUUAACGUUAUAGAAUGGUUAAUUUUUUCGUUUUCAGAAUAUUGUAAAGUGAACUUUUAUCGACAGUUUUUACUUACGAAUCGAGAUUAAAUAAACAACAAUGUAGAUAUUGUGUGAUGUGAUGAAUGAGAAAUAGAGUUUAACUAUCGAUUACUGAGCCAAUAUAUAUUAGAACAACAGAUAUUAUGUUUGAAUAUAUUAAUGAAGUGCAUAAGACAUUUUUCGUUGAUGAAGUAAUCAUCACUUGCGACAAAUAUAAAUUGUUCGUUCAGUCUUCUCAUUAUCAUAACUGUGAAAAAAAUAAAAAUAAAUAGAUUGAACGGGACUGAGAAGGUUGAAUCGCUUUUCAUCAACAACUUACAAUCAUAUUGGUAUUAUGUAAAUAGUUUCACUUGUCUUAAGUUACGUUAAUGAUUAAAUAUUAUGAAAAUUAUUGAAAAAAGUACAAAAACCCUAGGUGCUAUGUUAUUACACUAGGUGAUUAUAAUGACCUUGUGUAAAAUAGACUUUCAAUUGUAAAUUUCAAUGGUAAAAACUGGAAUGCAUUGAACGCGUUUUGUUGCUACAAUAUUCAAAAUUUUCAUGAUUAUUUGCAUAAUUUUGCAUGACUGAAUGGGCAGUCUGUUUAGAAUCGACUGAAUUUCAUAGGCAUAAUUAUUAUACUGCCAACAAAAUUGAUGUCAAUUUAUAAAAAUUUAUUUCACUGUUUAAUUACCGACGUGAUUAUAAAUAUCGUUAUCAAUUGUCUUUCAUUUUGCUGUUUCGAAAGAAAAAUAAAACUUAGGGUGAUAACAUUGAGGCGUAAUCAAUGCUCUGGUUUUUACGGACGUCAACGCAAUUGAAUUAGGGACGUCCACUGCAUAAAUUUGAUACUAAUGAAGAAGUGAAAAUUUCUCUUUAUCAAGUCAACCCAUACUACUCUCUACGUAUAGGAGGAUAUACUAUAUAAUUAGUCAUAAAAAAUUAACUACUACAAAUGUUGGUGAAUUUCGUGUAUCGCGCAUGGACUGCAUGAAUGGAGAAAAAAAACUAUAUAUAAACACCGUAACUUAUUUAUACUGCUGGGUUGUGUAUUUCAAGUCCAAAUAAUAAAUUAUGAUCUUGGAGCGGGUACUUCGAAUAAAGGAAAGAAGGCAUAAUGAAAACUUUCUCAUUUGAUGCUCACUUAAGAAAGUAAGAGAAUGUAAAAAAAAUUAGCACUUGAAAUUUGGGGGAUAAAUUAGUCGGGAUCGGAUUUUAAAUUCAUUUCAUUUUGUUUUUUUGUUAUUUAGCUUUUUUUGUAAAUUUCGAUAUUUGGGAAGAGGCGAAAGUUUGAUUUUCAGAACCAUUUCGGAUAAUUGAUGGCUGACGGAUGGAACAUAGAAACCGCUAUAAUAUUCAAAGUAACCAAUUUAAAGUAGAAAAACUUGGGACAUUCAAUAUCAAUUUGACCAACUCUUUGUUGGCAUCCGCUCUCUGUUUUAUUUUAAACAAAUUAUGAUUUCAUGUUCAAAGGCUAUUUUGAUUGACGAUGGAAGAUUAAGAUAAAUAUUAUUAUCACAAGCUGGUAAAAGUCCAUCCAAAUAAAAUUGAAGAGUGGUUGAAUUGACCUGGAAUGGCCACAACCGAAUCCCACCUGAAAUCAAGAAUGUAAUAAUGUCCAUGUUUUCGUACAUACUCCGUUAUCGAAGUGCAUAUUUUGAAUAAAAUUGAACUGAUAAACCAUAUAAACAAUACGUAUGACGCACUGCUGUAUCUUCGAAGCGUCCGGUAUAAAAAUUAUAACCAGUUUAUGUCAUUGAUUUAAAAUGUCUUUUUCCAUCUUUCACUAUCUCAAUCACUUUUGAACUGUCGGAAUAAUAUCUUGAAAUGCCCAACAGUGAAAAUGUAUUUUCAUCAAUAAAAGAAAAUACUUGUAA